AUGCCAACAAUCGACUCUUCAUUUGUUGUUAACCACACAUGUUUGCGUAUCAAGGACCCUAAGGUCUCUCUUCCAUUUUACACGGAGAAUUUUGGAUUAAAGUUGAUCUCAGUUUUCCCAUUCCCAGAUAAAAAAUUCACUCUUUAUAUGUUGGGAUAUGAAAACGAUGCUGAGGUUGCAUCCAAGAAUUGGGCUGAAAGAGAAGGUGUUCUUGAACUUUGCCACAACCAUGGAGUUGAAGAUGAUGAUUCUUAUGAACUUAACAAUGGUAACGGUACUGAAGAUCGUGGAUUCGGUCAUAUUUGUAUUUCAGUGGACAACAUUGAAGUUGCUGAAAGAACUCUUCUUGCCAAGGGGGUUAAAUUCCAAAAGAAGUUGAGUGAUGGUAGACAAAAGAACAUUGCCUUUGCCUUGGAUCCUAAUGGAUAUUGGAUUGAAUUGAUUGAACAUGGUCAAGGUAAAACCGCCACUCUUUCAUCUCCAUCAACUUAUAAGUUUAACCAUACCAUGAUUAGAGUUAAAGACGCUGAAAAAUCUUUGGAUUUCUACAAGAAAGUUUUAGGAUUGAAAGUUUUAGCCACUUCAGUUCAUGAAGGUGCUAAAUUUACCUUGUACUUCCUCGGUUAUGAACAUGAUCCAGAAUAUAAGGAGAAUAGCGAAACUGGUGAAUCUAAGGCUAUUAAGGAAGGUCUUAUUGAAUUGACCCACAACUGGGGAACCGAGUCCGAUCCAGAAUUCAAGGGAUAUCAUAAUGGUAACUCCACUGAAGGUGGUGCUAAGCAAGGUUUCGGUCACACUUGUGUUUCUUGUAAAGAUCCAGCUAGAUUCUGUAAGGAAAUCAAUGACGAAUUUGGUGAAGAAAACAUCGAUUGGUCUGUUAAAUGGAACCAAGGUGGUAUGAAGGAAAUUGCCUUUAUCAGAGACCCAGAUGGAUACUCUAUUGAAAUCAUUGCUCAUGAUUUAUUUAAGAAUGGUAAUUAA